AUGAUUAAAAUUGCGGUCACUAGUUGUGGUGACCACCAGAUUAUGGAACAGACUUUAGUGAUGAUUAAGUCAGCGAUAUUAUUAGCUAGUUAUGAUUCAGUCAUUCAUAUCGAUAGCGACUCCAUAUUCCUAUCACCGGUCGAGCAGUUGUGGCAAUACUUCGGACACAUGAACGCCACACAAGUACUGGCUAUGGCUCCCGACAAUACCAACCCUAGCACCUCGUGGUAUAAAAACGAGAAUACCGGUGCCCAUCGCAUACCCACACCCACACUGUACUCAUUAAAUACGGGCAUUAUUUUGAUGAAUUUGACGCGAAUGAGAGAAAUCGACUUUUUUGGGGAAAUGGAGCCAAUUGUCCACAAAUACGGCGCUCGUAUCAAAUGGGUUGUCAACGAUAUUAUGUCCAUAUAUUUGCACAGACAUCCGCACCGGUAUCUAAACCUAUCGUGUCGUUGGAAUUACCUGACAGACCAUUGCGACGCCGGACAGGUAUUCUGCGAGAGCGCCCACACCUCCGGCGUAGCCCUACUUCACGGCAGUCGCGGCACGUUUAUGGCGGGCACGAGAGCGCCGGCCUUUCGGGCCGUGUAUUUGGCUUUCCUUUACUACGAGUUUAAUACCGAUUUACAGCUGAAUCUGGUUUUGCCUCUCAAACGAAACCUAAUGCCAAACAUAAUGACAGCAUUAGCCGACUAUGAUUUGGAGGACCUAAUGAACCCGGACCUAUGGCUACUGCCGUCCAACGGGUUAGGGCCGGUCAACAACACGGCUAACUAUGGGCUCGUAAUCCAAGUCAAUACAAGCAAUCCAAACACCGGCGCCCCUCUGGUCCACACCAACGCUGUGGGCACGGGUGGGGCUGUCAUCAGAAACAUGACGUCCCAUAAAAAGGCU